AUGGCAAGCUUCCUUCUUGGCCCUAUUUCUCAGCCACCAUCAGGGCUCUUGAGUUCCCCCUACGUGAGCGCUGUUACUACGAAUCUGUCCACCUCCUUGGCUCAGGCCAUCCGUCAGGGCCAGAGCAUCUUUGGAGAGUUCACUGCCAACUCGUCCUCAAUCUCCAUCACGGCAUUGUCCACCCAGGAUGAUCAAAACGCUCCUUUUUUUGAUUUUCAUUUCUCCUCACCGUUUUUAAAUCAGUCAGCCGGUGGCACUGAAAAGGUGACCAAUACCUCCUUGUACAGGAUUGGUAGCAUUUCCAAACUCUUCACUGUCUAUACACUUUUGGUCAAUUACGGCUGGGAGCACUGGGACGACAGCAUUACGAAGUAUCUUCCCGAACUUCAAGGCGCUGCUGAUCUCCAUGAUGAUACUUCGGUUACACAUGUUGACUGGAGCAAGAUCACCAUCGGAGAUCUUGCCUCACAGCUAUCUGGUAUUGGCAGGGAUUAUUCUUAUGGAGACUUGGCCAAUAUGGAUAUCUCCUGGUCAGAAGCUGGACUGCCGCAACUGUCACCGGAAGAUGUUCCACGAUGCGGCGGCAACGCGAGCGUGCCCCCAUGUGAUCGCAAUGGUACCGAGCUCCUUGUUCCUGUUUCUCAAUAUUUGUACUCAUCGUUCUUCUUUCUAGAAUAUUUCCAGGGUCUACUUCGAAGAGCUCCAGUUUUCGCACCGCAAACAACACCUGUCUAUUCAAACACUGCCUACCGAAUGCUCGGGUACAUUGUAGAAACACUCAGCGGUACUUGCUUCGAUGAACUGCUACAGCAUUCAGUCCUUCAGCCUUUGGAUCUGACAACUACCACUUCUGCAAUUCCUAAGGACGAAGGUUCGUGGGUGAUUCCAAACGGUGAGAGCGGGUGGUAUCAAGACACGGGUGACGAGACACCUACAGCAGGGAUGUACUCAUCAUCGUCUGAUUUGGCAAAGUUUGGCCGUGGUAUUCUGCUCAACAAGAGGCUUUCACCCGUCGACACUAGACGCUGGAUGAAGCCGAACGCCCAUACUUCAAGUCCUUCUUUAUCGGUGGGAAGCCCCUGGGAGAUCUGGAGGACCAAGAGUCAAAUUUCCCAUGGCCGCACUAUCGAUCUCUACACUAAGUCCGGCAGUAUCGGCCAGUAUGAUUCACUGCUGAUUGUCUUCCCGGACUAUGGAGUGGCGCUUUCGAUACUUGUGGCUGGUCCAAGCAGCGCGGCGGUUAUAAAAGUCGCUUCUGAAAUUGUCCUCCAGUCUUUGAUCCCAAUGAUGGAGAACCAAACUCUAUAUGAAGCAUGCAAUGGCUUAUGUGGAACUUAUAACUCGCCUGAUCUGAGUAAAAACUCUAGCCUCACCGUGGCCGUGGAUGCAGAUGGUCUCAUGUUGGAGCGGUGGGUCAAUCGCGGUGUUGACUUCAAGGCUGUUAUACAGGCCUAUGCUGCUCAGCCUGGCAGUCCGUCAAUUAAAUCGAUACGCCUCCAGGCAACAAAUAUAGAAUCAAUGCCCACUGUUCAAGGCAAAGAUAUUCGAUCUCGUCGUGUGGCAUAUCGAGUAAUGUUUGAGAGGGACAGGAGUCACGGGACUGACCCACGCCAGAUUAUGGACCAAAGCGUUGGGCUGUGGAGCUCUGUCGAUACUCCAAUGUACGGGGAGAUCGCUGUCGAUUAUUUUGUUGUUCAUUUGGAUCGUUCUGGGGUCGCCGUCGCGAUAGAGCCUCGAGUGAUGAGAGACACGCUAUAUAAGGUUGAGAUUGGAGAAGGCGACUCAACUCACUCCACUCAUAUUUAG